CGGAGGGGCGCGAGGUUUCAAGAUGGCGGAGACUGGGUGCUUGACCGAGAAGCAGAGGUGAAGGCCCCUGCGGCCGAUAGGAGGCUGGGACUCGUCCCCUCCACGCCCCUAGCAGUUCUGGGAUCCCAGCAGGAGUAAUAAGUGAACCAUUAUAGAUUGUCAAUAUGGGGCGGAGAUCAACAUCAUCCACCAAGAGUGGAAAAUUUAUGAACCCUACGGACCAAGCUCGAAAGGAAGCUCGGAAGAGAGAAUUGAAGAAGAACAAAAAACAGCGCAUGAUGGUUCGAGCUGCAGUUUUGAAGAUGAAAGAUCCCAAACAGAUCAUCCGGGACAUGGAGAAAUUGGAUGAAAUGGAGUUUAACCCAGUACAACAACCACAGUUAAAUGAGAAAGUACUGAAAGAUAAACGUAAAAAGCUUCGGGAAACCUUUGAAUGUAUCCUAUGACUUUAUGAAAAAGAGAAUCCGGAUAUUUAUAAAGAAUUGAGAAAGCUAGAAGUAGAAUAUGAACAGAAAAGGGCUCAACUUAGCCAGUACUUUGAUGCUGUCAAGAAUGCUCAGCAUGUAGAAGUAGAGAGUAUUCCUUUGCCAGAUAUGCCACAUGCUCCUUCCAACAUCUUGAUCCAGGACAUCCCACUUCCUGGUGCCCAGCCCCCCUCCAUCCUAAAGAAGACCUCAAUGUAUGGCCGUAAAGUGGGCUUUGCUCUUGAUCUUCCUCCUCGUAGGCGAGAUGAAGACAUGUUAUAUAGCCCUGAUCUUGCGCAGCGUGGUCAUGAUGACGAUGUUUCCAGCACCAGUGAAGAUGACGGCUACCCUGAGGACAUGGAUCAGGACAAGCACGAUGACAGCACUGAUGACAGUGACACAGACAGGUCAGAUGGAGAAAGUGACGUGGACGAGUUUAUGCACCGAGACGAUAAUGAGCGAGACAACACCGAGGAAAAGAAGGCAGGUCUGAGUGUGCGGUUUGCAGACAUGCCUGGGAAAUCGAGAAAGAAAAAGAAGAACAUGAAGGAACUGACGCCUCUUCAAGCCAUGAUGCUGCGAAUGGCAGGUCAGGAAAUCCCUGAGGAGGGUCGGGAAGUGGAAGAAUUUUCAGAGGAUGAUGAGGAGGAGGAUUCAGAGGAUUCUGAAGUAGAGAAGCAGUCACAGAAGCAGCACAAAGAAGACUCUCAUGAGGGUGCAGCCACAGCUUCCUCCCAGCAGCAGGCGCCCCCUCAGUCCGUUCCUCCUUCUCUUGGGCCCCCGCCUGCCCCACCUCUGCGGCCUCCAGGACCACCCACGGGCCUCCCUCCUGGCCCACCACCAGGCGCUCCUCCAUUCCUGAGGCCACCUGGAAUGCCAGGGCUCCGAGGGCCUCUACCCCGGCUUUUGCCCCCAGGACCACCACCAGGCCGACCCCCUGGCCCUCCCCCUGGGCCUCCUCCAGGACUGCCUCCUGGUCCCCCUCCACGGGGCCCCCCACCCAGGCUGCCUCCGCCGGCACCUCCAGGCCUCCCUCCGCCACGUCCCGGCAUGAUGCGCCCACCUCUGGUGCCUCCCCUUGGACCUGCCCCACCUGGGCUUUUCCCACCAGCUCCCCUGCCAAACCCAGGGGUGCUAAGUGCCCCCCCCAACUUGAUUCAGCGACCCAAGGCGAAUGACACGAGUGCAGCCACCAUUGAGAAGAAAGCCACAGCGACCAUCAGUGCCAAGCCACAGAUCACCAAUCCCAAGGCAGAGAUUACUCGAUUUGUGCCCACUGCGCUGAGGGUACGUCGGGAGAAUAAAGGGGCCACUGCUGCUCCCCAAAGAAAGCCAGAGGAUGAUUCUGCUGUGCCUCUUGCCAAAGCGGCCCCCAAAUCUGGCCCUUCUGUUCCUGUCUCAGUACAAACUAAGGAUGAUGUUUAUGAAGCUUUCAUGAAGGAGAUGGAAGGGCUGCUGUGACAGCUGUAGAUGGCAACACAGGCUCGUGUUCCAGCAGCUCAUGGAGCAAGACACG